AUGCAUUGCUCUGUCCAAAUAAGUGGCAAUUCUGUAGCUGUCGAGGUAUUGGAUCAGGUGCAGGCAUUAAAGCUGGCGCAGGAACUUGCAUCUCCACAUUACCUAGGUAAAAUACUACACGUUUUUUCCUGGUGGCGCUUGCUCCACGGGCUUGGGCGCCUAUUGGCCUCGAAGAAGGCGCGAUACCAGCUGCAAGCAGGAUCACUCAACGAUCAUAACGGAGUGCAAUCCAACGCUGAACUAAUCGAGGUCGAGCUUCGCCGCGUAUUUAUAGUCAAGGAAAUUUCUCAGAAUUUAGAUGCAGCAGAGUUUGAACAUUGCCAGGCAAAGCUGAAUAGUCUCUGCUUGUUGUUGGAUGGCUUUGCGCGGCCUUUGAACGCCCAAAUUGGUUCAGGAGGUCUAAGCUAUCCCCGUUUACGAGCGUUGACUGGUUUUCUAGAGAGAACUUCUGGACCGGUUGACCUAGCGAGUGGUCCCAACGAAACACUGUUCAGACUUCCUCACGAUGCUGGUAAGCUUGAUGAUUGUCUGCGGGUUGUCAUAGAGUGCAACGAUGUUCUCAGUCGACUUCUCGCGCCCUCUCUGCAUGAACCGGUCAUUCAACCAAAUCAGGGGCGGAAGAAAAAGAGGUCUUGGAAGAAAUUCACGAUACUAAAUCAGGCCAUAUUCGUUCUUGAAAAUUUGUUCAAGAAUUCUAAAUGCGGAACGCCACAUGAAGUGUUGCUGAAGCUCAUUGAGGGCCCCGAUGAAAAUUCAGUAUUACCGAGUUUACAACUUAUACUCUCGGCAUGUCCAGAGUUAGAAUUGUGGCAAGAAGCCCGGUGUGACCCUUGGGCUGCUAGAGACGAAUCUUCGAUUUUACCUAUAUCCGAUAUAUGCGUGGACCUCCGCCAGCAUACUGGUCAAGGAAAGGCGUUGACACUCCUCAUUGAGAAGUACGGGCUAUUCGGUGCCUGGUCGGCUCCUACUUCCUCUGUGGCGGGCGUAUCUAAGGAUUCUCUUGACCAACUCAUAUUAAAUGGGAUUUUCAGGCCUCUUAGUCUCAACACGUUCCAUGCGGCAUCACCAGCCAGGAUCAGCAUCAAAGAUAAGCGAGUGCUUACUGUUGAACUUGGUUAUUGUCUCAUGGACUUUUUCGACGCCGACUUUACCUCAAAAAAGAUCCAUUUCCUAGAUUUCUCGAAGCCGGGCCUCGAACAAAAACUCCCGUACCUAGCUUUUGAUUCGAAGCUUUCGGUGACUGACGACUCAUACAGCUUCUGGACAGGUCACCCUACACUAUUAUCUUUUGCAAAGCUAUUACUAGAAAUAGACUGCGGCGAAAAUUACGACCUAGAUAUCGAUCCCGAUAUAAGCAAGAAUAAACUGGCCUGGGCUGAGCUCAUGGAUUAUUUAGAUCGCCUUAAACUUAAGAGAAGCGACUCUUAUGUCCAAGCCAUAAGAGGCUGUCUCGUCGUUCAUAGGAAGAUAACGAAGGCUCUCAGGUCUCGUGACCUUGUGCGCGAGGAUGCGGAUUUCAUAAUACGAAAAAAUCUCCACAAGGAAAUUGUUCACAAACUCGAGCUUGGACUUGAUGAGUCCAUCCCUAGGUCUGCCCGCAAACGGCAACGCUCAGAGUCACCACCUCCCUCUGACCAUUGGGAUGGGGCUCAAGCUGUCAGCUCUACAAGAGCGGCCAUGCAGUCUGUGAAAGUUGAACGAACAGCACCUAGACAUAAAAAGCGACUGACCCCCGGGCCACAGAAGUGGCUUUCUGCUAGCGGCUUAUGUGACGAUAACACCUUGGCCGAAAUCACUGCAGACAAAUACCAACCGGCGCUGAUCAACAGCCUGAAUAACAAGAAACAUGAACCAAUUGCUAGCCCUGAGUCAGCUAUUCCUGCUAGGGGCUCAAGGUUGAUGCCCUCUCUACGACCUUUUAGCCGCAAUGACUUCGAGAUCGCUAUUAUCUGCGCGUUACCGCUCGAGUUCGAUGCGGUUUCCUACACCUUCGACGAAUUCUGGGACGAAAACGGUGAUCAGUACGGACGAGCGGAGGGAGAUCCCAACAGCUAUACAACUGGCCGGGUGGGCAAAUACGAUGUCGUACUGGCCCUAUUGCCGCACAUGGGCAAGACUAACGCGGCAAGCGCGGCAGCCAGUAUGCGAUCGAGCUAUGGCGGCUUACGGCUAGCCCUCAUUGUCGGGGUGUGUGGUGGUAUGCCUCAUGGCCGACAUAGCGAUAUCUUGCUAGGUGACGUGAUCAUCAGCAAGACUGUUUUUCAGUACGAUUUUGGCAGGUGUUACUCGGACAAAUUUGUCUGCAAGAAUACCCUCGAGGAUAAUCUUGGCCGGCUAAAUAAAGACACCCGAAACCUAGUCUCCACAUUUGAGACCGAUCGGGGCAUCGACCAACUCAAGCAACGGACGGCUCAUUUCCUUCUGCAGCUCCAGGCGAACGCCACCCAGACUGGUCGUCAGAGCAAGUACGACUACCCUGGAAUAGCGAAAGACAAGCUAUUCGGGCCGACCUACCGCCACAAGCACCAUUCAUCGCAUACCUGCAUUUGCCGUGAUUGCUUCAAUGACUCAGACCCUGUUUGCGAUGAGGCGCUCAGUUCGUCAUGCGCGGAUCUUCAAUGCGACAACGAACGGCUUGUCGCGAGGAAACGGCUCCAGGGAAUACAGCAGCUAGAAAAUGACGGGAGAGAUCUGACUCCGCAGCCUGCGGUUCAUGUCGGAGCCGUCGCGUCGGGCGAUAUGGUGAUGAAGUCGGCAGCGGACCGGGACAGGAUCUCAAGAGAAGCAGGCGUGAUUGCGUUUGAGAUGGAGGGCGCUGGGGUCUGGGAUGAAGUGCCCUGUAUCGUGGUCAAGGGAGUUUGCGACUAUGCUGAUAGUCACAAGCACAAAGGAUGGCAGAAUUUCGCGGCGGCGACGGCAGCAUGUGCAUCCAAAGCAAUUCUAGAACGCUACAUCCGAACUGACAAGGCCUGA